GGCUGCGGGUGGUCUCCCUUAGCAGGCGCUGGGCCCUUUAGCAGCUGGGAAGAUGCCUGGUUGAACCCAGGGACUGCUCAGUUGCCUCUUGGCACCCUACAGACCUCCCUGCAAUUUCCUUGGAGUAAGGCUUGGCAAGCCCAGGAAAAUCAAAAGCCAAAGUAAUGGUAGUUGCUUUCCUGCAAGUGCUCUGUGGCAUCGCCAUCAGCAGCUGGGAGUUGUCCAGGCCAAGGGUCAGUUUGGCCAUGCGCAGAGCAGCCCUGCUGGACUGGAGCAGGCCGGUGUGAGAGGCAAGCGAAGGCCAAGGCACAACCCCGCUUGUGGGCCCUGGGCUGCCCCCAACGCCCAGGAAAAGCUUUUGCAGGAUCUGGCGUGCGAUGCUGCAGCAUUGCCUCCAAAUGGGCCGCUCAGCUGCUCGAGAGCUUUGAAGGGUCGAAGUAGAGCAAACGGCUGCUUUUCUUUGGUCCCUCGCAACAGGUCGUCACAAAUGGCUGCCGCCAGGGAAGCAGGUGCCUCGUGCAACCCGCGUGGCUCGUGGCAAAAAAUGUGGUCAUUGCUUCCUGGCACAGUGCGUGAUUUGCAUGCAGAAAAUCCACAGCUCAGCCCAGCUUCUGCAGAGAAGCCCUUUUUCGGUAGAAGUGCUGCCACGGUAGGCGAACCGAGGAGCUCUCCCGAUAUCCUGGAGCUCUCCGGUUCCUGGAAAGCCACAGAUGCUUUGGCCCGCUGCCUUGCUUUGCAAGGGGGCAGAGGCAGAGGACGGAACACCACCGUCAUCUGUGUGUGGCUGGCGGAAGGCCACCUUGCUUGGAUCCGGGCCUUCUCUUCGCACCCCACCCGGCUGGCAAAGAAGCACCUUUCUUCCAAAUGCAGUUGCUACCCGAGGAGGGCCCUUGUCUCACCAGUGAGUCACCGCUCAAGCUCCUCUGGGCGAGACAGAACACACUGCCCGCUCUGUCUGGAAGCGGCUUCCAGACACCCGUCUUGGGGCCUCCUGACUUCUGAGCACUCCCCUCUGGCUCUGCGCAGAGGGAAAGGCCUCCCACGUGCGCUUCACCACAAAAGUUCUGGAAUCAGGACAUUAUUUCGGACUGACAUGUUUAAUUGAAGGCAGAAGCUUCUCUUAACGGCUCACAGAAGCUUCUGCCUUUCAAUAAAAUUGGCUAGUUGGAAAAGGC